AACGCGAAAAAGAAUCGUCUCAGUAAGAACUUGAGUCGCGCUAAGUGAGGUUGUGCUUACGGGUUUCCCCCAAUGCAGUAAUUUUUCUUGCAAGAUUUCAUUGCUUUAGAAGCGUGGCUGUUUCUUAUAAUCAGUUUCAUCGCCAUGGAGAAUGAUAUACAAGAUUUUCACCGAGCAGUUAAAGACAAUGAUGUGGAAAAAGUUCAGAAAUUAUUACAUAAAGGAAUAGAUCCAAAUGAACCAAACUGGAAUAACAACGGAAGACCUGCUAUUCUAGAAGCAACUUACUACGGACAUAUAAAUAUCGUGAAGGUUUUACUGGAAGCUAAUGCUGAUCCUAAUGCCCAGAAUAUGCUUGGAGAAACUGCUUUACAUAAUGCUUUUCAUCCUAAAACAUAUUCUAAAGAACUAGUUACCUUGUUGCUGGAGCACGGUGGCGAUGUAAAUUUAAAGGAGAAAUUAAAUGGUUAUACAGUUGUGCAUGUUGCUGCUAAAUUAAUUUCGUCGAAAGUGAGCAAAACAUUAAAACGAGACCUCUUAGAUACACUUCAAAUGUUGUGCAAAAAUGCAGAUGUAAAACUCCGAAGUGCACGUCAGGAAACACCAAUGCAUAAACUUGUAACUGGAAGUGUUGAUUGGUGCGAACCUUUGCAGAUAUUAAUUGAACAUGAUUUUGAACUAAAUGCUCAAAACGAUCGAGGGGAAACUAGUCUCAUGUGCGCAAUAGAUAAAGGUCACUGCAAUAUGGCUGAAAUGUUGAUCAAGAAAGGAGCGUGUGUCAAUAUUAAGGAUAGGCAUUUUCAAACGGCUUUGCAUCAUUGUGCGCAAAAGAAUCUGUUGCGAAUGGUCACAUUGUUGUUGAACGCUCAGUGCGAUGUAAAUGCGACAGAUCUUAACGGAGAUACUGCUCUCCAUAUCGCAUCCAGCAAAGGAUUGGCGGACAUGGUUCAGGUUCUCGUCUCGCAUCCCGAGACUGACGUAAAUAUACAAAAUAUACGCGGAUCAACGCCACUUCUCAAUGCAGUGGAGAGUGGAUUUACCAAAUCAGUGGAAUUAUUAGUAGACGCUUGUUGUGAUGCUGACUGCGAAAAGGGCUUGCUGACGGCUUUGGACAUGGCAGAGGAAGAUUUCGUACGCCGUUGGCAUCCGGAGAUCUACUCUUUGCUUCAAGAAGCUUUAGAGCAAAAACGAGAUUUAUGGGAUGAAGGUGAAACAUCGUUAUGAAAUAUUUAGAAAUAAGUAUGUACUUAACUAAUUACGAAAAAUGAACGUAUUACAUUCAAUGAACAAUUCAAAACUUCUAUAUGCAUUUUCUGCUUGAAAAUCAUUUUUUGUAAUAUCAGAUUAAUGAUGAAUGAAUCAUAAAAAUUAUAUAAUUUAUGUGUGAUGAAAAAUACUGCAGAGUAUAUUUAAUUGGAAGAGAAAUUAAAAAUAAAUUAGAAUACUAUCUGUGAUUCUAAUUCAUAAAAUCAAAAUAUAACUUACAAUUCUCAAGAAGCAAAUGAUUUAAGCAAUAUUAUUUAGUUAAUCAAUAUUUAACGAAUAAGUUAUUUUCUAUGUGAAUGAAACUGAAAUAUUCAUGUGUUACCUUUUUCUGUACAGCAUAUUAACAUAUUAGAAAAUCUUAAGCUAUCAGCAAUAGUUUGAUUACCUCUUUUACACUGCUCUAUUCUCUAAAUUAGUUUUGUAUAAACAUAAUUCUUAAUUCAGUUUUGCAUCUCUCUCAUGCUAGUUGGUAAAUAUUCUGAUGUCUAAUAAGCAGCAGUAAUUUCUAUUAAUUAAUGAAUAUGACUAGUUAAUGAUAAAAUAAAUUAAGAGAAAUACUUUUCAUUUAAUGCAAUUAAUUUCACUUGUGUUAUAUUUCAAGUAUUUUAACAAAUACAAAAUUAUUGUUAUAAGUUAGCAUUUUUUCUAGACAUUUGAAAUGUGGAAUAGAACUUUUGGAUAUUUUUCUUAAGCAUGACUUUUACCAUUUUUAUCAAAAUACAUUAAAACUGCUUACAAAGUAGUAAAUAAAUUUGUUAGUUUAAAAAUCUCAUAUCUUAAGUUUAUUUUCAAAGAUUAAUACUUAACAUAUCAUUAAUAAGUUAUUUAUAUUUGAAUAAAUCCAGUAGAUAUUUCUGUGCACAAGUGAGUGUUUAUAAUAUAUCUAUCAAUACAUAUAUUGGAAACUUAUGCUUUGUUUCUGCAGUUACAUAAGAUGCACAUUCUAAUUUCUUUUCAAUAUUUUAAGGCUCUGGAGGACUAUAAAAAAUUACACAUAUUUAUCAUGCUAACAUUGAUAACACUAAGAACUGAAUGUAAAUUUUUAAUGCAUCUAAACCCAUUUGGAAGCAGAAAUACAAUACUAAAAAAAGUAAAAUUUUAAACAAAUAGAAUAAACUAGUGUUCUGUGUACUAACUAUCAGUAUUCUGCAUUUAUUUCAAUUAUAUAACUUUUACAAAUGACAACAGUCUUUAAUCCCUUUUAAUCAUAUUUAGAUGUUAAGUCAAUGAAUAAUUAAGUUGCUUCUAAAAUGUAUUGUAACUCUGUUAUUUUAAAAACAUAUUUAAUUGCACAGAACAUCUAUAUAUUGUAUAAACUGCAAUUUUGUUUAAUUAACAUAUAAAUUUUAAUACACCCAAUUAACUAAAUUCAAGUAAUUAGUAAUCUCUUUUUUUUCCUCUGGAUAAACAUUUCAUACAUAAAAAUAUUAAGGGAUCAUAAAUUUGGAAAGCUGAUUAUUGUAUGUCUGUUACAUUAGUAAAUAUUAAAAUGUAAUUUCAGAGGGUUUUAUUUUUUAAUACUCAAAUAAGAUACUUGUAGUUUUGAUAUUUCAGGAUCAUUAACGAAAGCAUUAUACUAUAAAAAAAUAUAACAUUUACUUCCAUAAAUGCUCAUGCAUUGCCAAAAUUUACUCAUUUUUCUUAAAAAGUGAUUUUUUCCCUCAAAGAAUUGUGAUCAAAUUCUAUAUAAAAAUGGAUGAAUUUUUUAAAAAAUAAAAUAACAGUUAAAAAAUGCAAUUGAUUGCAAAGCAUACCCGUUAAUUUCAGGAUUAUAAAUGAAAAUCAUUCUAAGAAAAUUAAGUACUUUAAAAAAAAAUUUGCAAUUCUGUGGCACCACUGAUUUUAAGAUUCACUCCAUUUUUAGGGGGAGAAAAAAUCAAUAUGUGAAAAACUGUGACUUAGAAUCGAAGAAAUGUAUUAAGAUUCUGCCAUAUAUUAUAUAAAAUUGUUUAAUUACAGUGCAUAUUAAAUUAUUUCAGUCAUUAAGUAUAUAAAGUUUAUGAAAAAACUUAUUUAAAUGUAACAGGUGAAAUAUUAAUAACAAAAGGAACUGAUAUUUAAUUAAGAUUUCUUAAAACAGAGAUUAGAACGUUUAACAUCUUUUACUCUAGAGGAAAACGAAUGAUAAUUUAAAAUAAACAACAGUAAAGAUAUUAAGAUAUUUUAAAGAUUUAUUCUAAGAACACAAGCUGCAUACAAAUUACAACUGGUCCUUAAUGUGGUCAAAUCAACACCACAGUUAAAAUUACAAUCAUUUCACAGUAUAAAUUUCGAAACUGAUUGCUUCUUCAGAAAUAUGUAAAAGCUUCAUAGUUUCUAAGAAGCAAAAUUAGUCUUUAGAUCACAUGAGUUUAUAAUGCAUUCACAGAUUUCUUUUGGUUGUGUAGUCGAAAAUGCUUGCAUAAUAAAACGCAUUGUGCAAGA